GCGUCUGAACACACAAUGUCAUUGGCUCCCACAGCCAUUGACGUCUCCUCGUGGAGUGGGCCCUUUCAGGCGCCGGGAUUUGGGGGGAGGCGAGUAGCCGGCGAAAGCGCGCACGGGAGAGGAGGGAAUAGGAGUUAGACGCUGGUUCAGAGGCUGCCUUCCCCCCCCCUCUCUCCCUCUUUCUCCUCUUGUCAUUCAUUUCCAGGGGAAGCCGCGGUCGUCUCUUCCGCUGCCGCUGCUGCUCUUCCCACUUGUCUGGAACUCUUGACGGCGUGCGAGCGGCAGGCGCGGCUUCGGAAUAAUUAUUAUUUUUUGUCCCACCGAGAGGUGCUGCACGCCCACUGCCGACUGCUGCUGCUGCUGCGCUGUAAACCCGGCGGCAACCCGGGAUGAUGGAACUCGACAGCGAGACGCGCGACGGCAUCGGCCGCGGGAGCCGCCGACGUCUCGGCGAGGUGGCGGCGCUUGCGCCUGAGGUUCUGUGACUUCAGUUCGCGGGGUUCGCGGAUUAUCGUUCACGGUCGACGCGCGCACUGUCUCCCGUCGGUGGAGUUAGACCCGUGGGCGAGAAGAUGACCCAGCGUUUGUGAUCAUUUAAAAAAAAAAUCGUUUCUUUGCGCUCUCCCGUGGCUGGGGGGGUGGAGGUGGAGGCUGGUGGUCCUUCGCUGUGGUGGUUGCCCAGAGUUCCAACGUGUGGGUUGCUGCUCGGUGCUGGUUAGUAGCGGUGGUUAAGGAGUGCUGCUGCUGCUGCUGCUGGCGGUGGUGGCCUUGGUGGUGAUACUCGCGGUCGCCCGGAUUCGUCCACGGUGGCUUUGCCCGCCGGUGGCACCUCAAGUGGCGGCUGUAGGUGGCGGUGCCUGGCGGUGGCUGGCUGGGGCUUCGUUGAAACACGACUGGCUCGGAAGGAAGCGAUAGCGGCGCUCUGCCUCCGCGUCUACUUUGGACUGGCCCGGGAACGCGGCUCGCCCGGCCCGCUGUGUGAGCCGUCUUCAAGGAGCUGUUUGGCCUCCUUAAUCUUCGGCGGCUCCCCGCCGAGACGCCUUCGCAUCGCCUGCCGCUGACCCUGCUGUUAAGCCGACCCGAGCCACGUUGUCCAAUGCUUCGUCCCCAUGCGGCGCUGAGGCUCCCAGGCUCCCGUUCCUCCGGGACCCCUGGGUCCACCGCCGCUCCGACCCCAUGGAGAGGGGUCCGGGCUCCUCGCCGGCCUCGCUAGGGGAGGACGGAGACACCGCGACGAACGCAGCGACGACCAAGACCCAGAUCCAUCACGCCCAGGUUCAGCGAGUUCGAGCAGAGUGCGCAUCGUCGGCGGAAUCCGUCGCCGCUGGCGUCACGCGCGGAGCAGACAGGCGAGUGCGGGAGCGCUGCAACCGUGCCAGAGCCCUUGCCCACGGCCAUGCCCUUGCGCGUGGGGCUCUCGCGCGCGCAGGGCAGGGAGGAGCGGCUGAGACACGCCCCGUGCGCGCGCGCUCCAGGGAGUUCUCCAUUAAAGAGACCAACUUCGCCGACGGGGGAUUGAAGCUAAAGAUCCAGAGCACGGCAAAGAUCCAGGGGCAGCGGCAGCAGCAGGGGCAGCGGCAGCCACAGGGGCAGCUGUCGGGCCAGCAGGCGAGGCGCCGUGGCAUUACCAUCACCAUCAAGCCCACGAACCCUCCACGGGCGAGCACGGGGAAGACAUCAUCGUUAUCUUCGUCGUCGUCGCCGUCAUCAGCGCCAUCGUCAUCGACCAGCGCCUCCUGCUGCGCCUCGUCUGGCUCCGUCAGCUGCUCCGGCUCGUCCAGCAGAGCGGUAAAGAGCUGCGCACACGGGGCUUCUGUCAGUUGGAUCAAGUUGCAAAAACAAGCGGAGGAGAGAGCCGUUUCCCACAGAGCCUCGGAGGAGCCCCGCGGUUUAGCAGAAGCGAAGGCGGCGGCGGCGGCAGCAGCGGCGGUGGCCGCCACCGCCACCACUACCGCCACCGCAUCGGAGACGCACAUCUCGCAAAUCGAGUGCCUUGUGACGCCGCAGUCCGCAGACGCCGUGGAAGCGUCGGGAGUGGCCGAGCCCGCGCCGCUCGGCUGGAAGGAGCCCGGCAGUGCCUUCUACCACGAUGCCGAUCUCCUCCCCGGCUUCGGGGCACGGGCCUCGCCCCGAGGGGUCCCCUCGCCGGGCGCGUCGCCGUGCGUGGGCCACGGGGACGACGCGAUGAUGGCCUCGUACCUCGCGGACGGCGGUCUGGCCGACAUCGCCGUGGCGGCGUACCGGGCGGGCGAUGCCGACGCCCUGCCGGGCAUGGAUCCCAUCGAGUCGCUCGUGGGGCUGCACGACGCCGCGUCGGCCGACGACAAGCUGGAUGCGGUGGAGCUGAACGCGGACAUCAUCAACAACGGCUUCCACAGCAGGGCCUACCGCGAGAUGAUGUCCGAGUCGCUGGACGAGGAGGACAGCGACUUCGACAGCGACGGCAAGAUCGAGCUGAGCCUGCGCAGCAUCGAGGACCUGCGCGCCGAAAUGGGGCAGUCGAAGAGCUUGGAGCGUGCGGUGGCCGCGGCGUUCCAAAAGCCCGAAAGGGACGUGCAGGACGAGCCCGGGGUCGGGAUGGACGGCCCGUUGGCGGAGGGUGGCGGCAUUGGCGAGGACGGGCUCGCCAUGAAACUCGCGGCAGCAUGCGCACCGCCACCCCCACUGCCGGCACCGGCACUGUGCACUGCAGACGAUUCUCCGAGAGGUGCGGUGUGCGCCGCUCGCCCGGAUGAUCGCGUCGCGACGGACGACGUUAUUGAGGACGACGGCGGCACCGACGGCGCGACGGUGGCAGAGACCGCCGAGGACGCGGCUGACGAGGACGCGCCCGGGCCGGACGGCGCCACCGGUGCCUCGGCCGCCGGCUUCGCAUACGGGAAGUACGCGGAGAUGCCGUACGAGGAGGACGACGCGCCGCCAAAGGAUGGCCUCACGCCAUUCGGCUUCUCGAAGGCGGCGCGCGUGGACGGCCCGCGCUCGUACUCGCUGCUGGGCGAGUCGCAGGUGUCGUCGAUGCUGGGCGGGGAGGCCGAGUCGGCCCGGGACACGCGCCGCGCCACAUGCAGCGGCUCCCUGCCCAGCGCCAACAGCCCCGCCGUGGGGUCCUCACCGUCGUGGGCGUGCGGCUCGCCGAUGGAGAGCCAGCCGUCGGCCUCCGCCACGCAGCUGAGCGCCGAGGCCUCGGAACCGGACCCCCACGACUCGGGCUGCGUGGCCAAGCGGAAGAAGGGCAAACCGCCAAAACUGACGGUGAUCGAGACGGAGGCCGGCCGCGAUGCGUCCGACAACCGCCCGCUGGAGCCACCCGUGCUGACGCCGGUGCACGAGGUGGACGCGCACCGCAGGAGCAGCGGGCGGUGCCGGGGCGGUGCCGCAGCGGUGGUGGCGGUUGCGGCGCACGGGAAGCCGGCGGCCCUCGACUGCGCCGCCGCCGCCGCUGCCGCCGCCACGGCCUCUUCCGUGGCCGGCGACGACGACGAUGAAGACGACGAUGAUGAUGACGACGAGGAGGAAGACGACGAGGAGGACGAGGAGGAGGAAGACGACGCAUGGCCCGAGAGCAAGGCAUUGAAGCCGAAGCUCAAGCGAAUCGGCCACGAGCUGCUGCCAUUCAAGCGGAAGGUGGGGAGAAGCACUUUAUUGAUGGGGAUGAAGAACAAAGCGGCGAGGUCCGUCUUCGGUAAGAGCAAAGUGAAGGACCUGCUGCAGGGCACGUUCAGCGGCAGCCACCAACUCUGCAAGCCAAAGAGAGGCCGCCCGCAAACGAAGCACUUAAAAAAGGCCCCCUUGGACGAGAGCGCCGCGUCGGACUGGCCGCCGUCCUCGCCCAAAUCCAAAGCGGCACCCGAGCGGGAGGUGAUCCUGCAGCCCUACGACACCCUGGCCCUCGGCGGCCCCCUCUACUCCAACACGGCGGGCCUCACGGUGAGGGUCCCCGUCAAGAGGGGCCCCGGCCGGCCCAGGAAGCUGUCCGUGUGCGACGCGGGCACCCCGGCGGCGGCGAUGGCGUGCGCCCCGCUGACGGCGGGGUUCAAACUGAAGGCGGCGCCGGCCGACGGGUGUCACAAGAAGGUGGCUCGGCAGAAGGCGGGCGGUGGCCAGGGCGAGGCACUCGGUGAGCUGCUGCACAAUCGCACCGUGCUGACAAAAAUCAACAAAAUGAAAACGCUCAAGAGGAAGAAAAUUCUCAAUCAGAUUCUGUCGAGCUCGGGCAAGGCCAAGAGGGGAAAGUCGAAGGUGCGGUUGGGCGAGGUCAGCAAGAAACCGUGCCCCAUCGCCGCCCCAGUCGGCGCCCGGCAGUGCCAGCAGAUCCACGUGAGCAAGCGCGGUACCAUUUACGUGGGGAAGAAGAGGGGCCGCAAGCCCAAGGCGGAUCCGCCGCAGCCGUCCUCCGGCGCCUUCUCUGGCCACAACCUGUUCCAGGCCUCGUACGGCCUCGGCUUUCCCGUUGCCUUUCAGCGCGGGCCAUCGGGGCCACCCCCUCCAUUGCUCUCGCCCGCCGUCCGCCCACCUCCACCACCGCCCCCGCCGCCGCUGCCGCCGCCGCCGUCAAUAUCGCAAUCUUCAAGUCCCGGCGUGUGCGGCACGGGCGGCAAGGAAUACGGCCGCGGCGGUCCCGUGGCGCAGCCGCAGGCCCACCAGCAGCUGCACGUGCAGCGGAGGCCGAUCGCCACCAAGGCGAUGCUCAAGCAGGGCACGCAGAGCGCCGGCCUCAAGUUCUCACCGCAGCCGGCCUACCCGACGCGCUCGCCGUCGCGCUUCUCCGAAACGAUGCCGUCCCCAGCGAGCGAGGAGGCCAGCCCCAGCGACAGCGGCAUCGCCACGGACAACACCAGCACGUCAGAGCGCGCCGAGAAGCUUUGCCAGCUCGGCCCGCGGCGCUUCUCGUUCGACCGUGGGUCGGUGGCGUCGUCCUCGGAGGGCGCAGCGCUCAUCGCGUCGCCAUCAUGCCGGCCUGGCUGCCGCUCGGCUGCCCGCAAGCAGCGGCACAAGCGCAAGCGGCGGCUGAUGCAGCUGAAGCGCGGCAGGCACCGCGAUGCGGACUUCGCCGCCGAGUUGGAAGAGGUCGUCUCGAAGCUCGGCGAGUGCCGCGUGAGCUGCAGGCAGCACCCCCCGCGCGCCGCCAGGGACCUGCUGCCCAGCUUGUUCCGCCUGAACUUUGGCGGGUCGCACGGACAGCUGCCCUGCAUGCACGACGCCCUGAGCGGGGGCGGCGGUGGCGUCGGUGGCGGCCCUCGCUCGGCGAGCGAGCACAGGGCCAGGAGCAAGAAGGGCCGGUCGGCGUCCCGGGGACAGAAGUAUGGCGAGCAGUCGCAGCUCUCCCCGGGCCCGGGCUACCGGUGCCUGGGCGAGCAGUACCGUUCAACCUUCGGGCUACGCUACGCCCCGUCCACCCUCACCGCCAGCAACCUUAACUUCGGCUACUACGGGCGGUACCCUUCGCAAGCCCAUCACUCGUGGGCACCUUCGGCGGCGCCCGUCCACUGCCAGGUGGUCGCAGCGGCGACGGCAACGGCGCCAACGGUGGUGGCGGCCGCGACGGCGGAGGGUGGCGGCCGAAAGCAGCAGAAGGAGCGCGGUUGCUCGGUGGAGUCGGCGGGAGCCGGAGCCUCGCCCCUGUCGCCACGCUGUUGCGGCGGCAAGGCUGGCGCCCAGGCGGUCUCCUUCCAGUGGAUGCAUCGUGACGAGCGGCUGGCGCAGAAGAAGCGGAGACGACUCCAGGGCAGUGGCGAGUUUGGCGAGCGGCAGCUACACCAGCAGCCGCCGCAACCUCUACAGCAGCAGCAACAUCCGCUCAGUCGUGUAUCGAUGGGCUUAGGGAGCUGGCAGUGGAGGACCCUGGAGCAGAAUAAAAUUGCAGUCCUGGGCCGGAGAAAGGGCAGCAGCACUUCUGACGUCGAGUUUCUCAGACGGCCGUUUGAGCGGAGCCCGUCAUUCUUUGGCGGUGCGGUGGACGCGCCGUCCAUCGGCGAAUGUGUGCGCAAGUACACAGCCACCACCGCCGCCAGUGUAGGAGGAGGAGGAACGGUGAGCCGCAGAGACUCUCAUGGCAAAUACGAGAACCUGUUUGCGAGCGCCCUGCAGAGCAGCGCGCGGGCUGAACCGCCCGGCCUGGGGUUCGGUGCCAAGGAGCAACAGGAGGAGCAGGAGGAGCGGGAGGAGCGGGAAGAGGAUGAGGAGGUUGACGAGCAUGAGGAGGAGGAGGAAGAGGAGGAAGAAGAGGAGGAAGAAGGGGAGGAGGAGGUGAGAGCGGUAAUCGGAAAGGACGGCGUGGCGCGGGUACCACCAUGGGGCCGUGGAGCAUCACCCAGGAGAGACUGGAGGCAGUGGAGCCGGUGCUGUCGAGCCGGCCAAGACGCGACCACAGCAGGACGAGAAGCGCAGGACGACGACGAGGACUUUUCCGGCAGGGCCCGGUGCGGAGGGCACCUGGGCAGCGCCAGCAGCGGGGCCCAGCGGCCGGAGAGAAGCCGCUGCGACUUCACCAAAACCCUGUCGACCAAGCGCAGCCUGGACCACCUCAACAGGAUCCUGCGCGUCAAGAAGCUGCAACGGGCCUCGCUCACCGGCAACAACGUCAAGCGGCGGCCCGGGCGCCCACGCAAGCGCCCGUCGCCGUCGCCGCCGGCGACGGGACGCACGCGUCGAGCGGCGGCGGCGGCCGCGGCGGAUUGUGCGGGCUCCCAGCGCAUCGCCGCCGGGCGAGGAGGGGCGGCCGGGCGCAGCGACGACGCCGUGACGGACACCAUCGAGUGGGUGGUGCACGACGCCAGGAGGCAGCGCGCCGAGCACAGGAAGGGCGUGAAGAGGAAAGGGAGCCACGGGCCGUGGACUCGGGAAGUCGCGGAGAAGAGUCCCGCGCGGGGGAAGGAGCCGGAGGCGGACGGCAGCUUGGACGGGAAAGACAAGCAGACAGACAUGACGGCUGACGGCGGCGGUGACGGCGAUGGCAGCAGCGGUGGUGGCGGUGAUGGAGAGAGUGCGGAGCGAGGAGCUGGCGCCGGUGGCUUCGAGACGAGCGAGGAGCCAUCGCAGCAGCUGCCCGGCAGCCCAGCCUCCCCGCCUCUGCUGGACCUAACCAUGGCCGAAGAUGACCAGGGCCGGAGGGGGCCACGACUGGCGAAGAAGAGAUACCAAACCGCAGGCCUUUACUCUGACGUUUACAAGCAGGAUACGCCCAGCGAGCCCGGCAGCUACAGGGCGGCCGAUUGCUCAGCCGGCGACAACGACCAUGGCCUCCUCCCGGCUCCCAUCCACGUCGGUAAAUACCUUCGGCAGAAGCGCAUUGACUUCCAGCUCCCCUACGACAUCGAUUGGCAGUGGAAACACUUUCAGCUGCUGAAAAAGCCCGACGUGCCGCUCUACAAGAAAAUCCGAUCGAAUGUGUUUGUGGACAUGAAGCCUUUGUCGGGGUGCGAACCGGUCUCCUGCAGCUGCAAGAGGCCCGAGGAGACGGACGAUUCGGCAUGCACGGAGGGCUGCCUUAACAGGCUGGUGUACGCAGAGUGCGUGCAGUCGAGCUGCCCCUGCGGGGAGCUCUGCACGAACCGGCGAUUCCAGCGGCAGGAGCGCUCGGCCGGCUUGGAGCGGUUCCGCACGACGGAUCGCGGCUGGGGCGUGCGCACCACGCACCACUUCCAGGCCAACGACCUCAUCAUCGAGUACCUGGGCGAGGUGCUUAGCGAGGCCAAUUUUCGAAGCCGCAUGUUGGCGCAGCGCGGCGAGCAGGCCGGCAUGUACUGCGUGCAGCUCGACAGCGGCGUCGUCAUCGACAGCUACCGCAUGGGCAACGAGGCACGCUUCAUCAACCACAGCUGCCAGCCCAACUGCGAGAUGCAGAAGUGGUCGGUCAAUGGAAUCUAUCGCAUUGGGCUCUUCGCACUCAAGGACAUUCCAAUCAGCACGGAGCUAACCUACGACUACAACUUCCACACCUUCACCGCAGAAAGCCAGCGGCCGUGCCUGUGCGGUUCCCCAAACUGCCGCAACGUCAUCGGCGGGAGGAGCCAGCGAACAUGUCAGGCCGGGCGGCUGGGCCACGGCAGGGCCCACCAGCGCAAGGCCAAGCACAGGCUCAAGAAGCUGCUGCGAUCAAGCCCCGAGAGGCAGGCGUCCAAAGAUGCCUCCAGCCAGGUGGCCGAUCUUUGGCCGAUGCAAGCGAAGCCUCUCUCGGAGAAAGAGAAGAGCUUCGUGCAGAAGCGCGGCCUCUUCCUUUUGCGGAGCUGGUGGAGAACGCGGCGGCAGCGGGAGGCGUCGGUAAACAGGAAACGGGCGACCGCUCUCUCUGGCAAGACAUGCAUCGUCGUCCCGGCAGCCACAGAACGGGCGUCCGUCGCCCCACAGAAGCGCCAGCAGGGAGCGGCGGACAGCGGAGUGGAAACGCCGGCGCCUGACGUGGUGCGAGCGAUCAACGCGAUGUUCUCGACCCUGACGCCUCGAUCAGAUGCUGAGGGUCGAACACAAGCCUCCCGCGUGUUCACAAUCCCGCCCAGACAAGAGGCCCAGAACCUGCGGCGCUCAGAGUGCGGCGGUUCGGGACCGGUGGACGCGCUGGAGCUGACGGCCGUGGAACGGAAGGUGAAGGCCGGCCGCUACCGUAGCGUGGACGACUUCGACUCGGACAUCUCGCUCGUCUUCAGGACCGCCGAGAGGUGGCACGGGCGGCGGUCCCCGCUGGGCCGGGAGCUGUGCCGCCUGCGUAAGGCGUACCAGCGGGCGCGCGACUCGGUGGCGCCGCUUUGCCUGUCUGCCGGAGACGCUGAGGAGGAAGAGCCGCCCCCGCCGCCGCCCCCGCCGCCGCCCCCGCCGCCCCCGCCGCGAGCGGACGGCAGGAGGACGCGCGCCGAUGCCCGCGCGCCCGACGCGACGUCGACGGCCGGGCCCGGGGCGGCCGAGUCGCCGGGUGGUGAGCGACAGGACGAGCGCGGGGCCGACGACAGGGACGACGACAUCAUCCGCUGCAUCUGCGGCCUUCUGCGUGACGAGGGCCUCAUGAUCCAGUGCGACAAGUGCCAGGUGUGGCAGCACUGCGACUGCAUGCAGAUCACGGCCGACGUCGAGCGUUACCUGUGCGAGGAGUGCAACCCGCGCGCCGUCGAGAGGGAGGUGCUCAUGAUGCCGCAGCCAGAAUUGGCGCAGCCCGGCUGCACGUACUACAUCUGCCUGCUGCGGGACGGCCUGCUGCUGAAGCAGGGUGACUGCGUGUACCUCAUGCCGGAGCUGCCGCAGCGGAGGGGCGCACGGGGGCAGCCGCUCCGCCAGGCCUACCACCUCCGCACGGCCGCCACGGGGCCCACCCAGCUCGACAUCUUCCGCAUCGAGAAGCUGUGGAAGAACGACAAGGGCGAGCGUUUUGCCUUCGGACACCACUACCUGCGGCCGCAGCAGACGCACCACGCGCCCUCGCGCCGCUUCUACCGCAACGAGCUCUUCCGCGUGCCCAUGUACGAGGUGGUGCCCCUGCGUGCCGUCGUGGAGCUCUGCUGGGUCAUGGACCUCUACACGUACUGCAAGGGGAGGCCGAAAGGCGCCGAGGAGCAGGACGUGUACAUCUGCGACUACCGCCUGGACAAGUCGGCGCAUCUCUUCUACAAGAUCCACCGCAACCGCUAUGCCACAUGCACCAAGCCCUACGCCUUUGAUCACUUCGCCAAGAGGCUGACGCCCAAGCGCGACUUCUCGCCUCAUUACAUUCCAGAAAACUACAAGAGGAAUGGGGGAAGAUCUUCCUGGAAGAGCGGCAAACUCAAGCUCAAGGCCAAGCAGGAUGUGAGCGCGAAGAGCAAAGGCCUCCCGGCCAAGGCGCGGCCGCCCUCUGUCCCCGAGAGCCCAGCGAGCGACGGCGCCGCUGCGACGCCGCCGCCGCCGCCGCCGCCGCGUGCCGUACCAGCGCGCGUGGCGGGACGUAGGGAGGAGAGCGCAGCGACCCGAAGGCCCGGCGCGCAGCCACCGGACGACGACAAGCGAAGGGAGCAGAGGCAAAGGCUGGACGGAGUUCUCCUGCACCUACUGGCCAAGCUGCCGGGGAAAACGGCUGUGGAUGUGUCCUACCUGCUGGAAGAGGGCGCGGGGAAGAGGCUCCGAAGGCACGCGCAGGCCACCACCGGGCUAUUUGCACUAAAGUGACAUUUUUUUUGUAAAGGCCCGCCCCACCCCAGCGGUUAGUGGGGGGGGGGUGGGAGUUGGGGGAGGGGGGUCAGACGGCCAAGACAGUGCCUUGUCACGGACGAGGCGUGCCACGCCGAAAACAUUGUCACCAACAACGCGCUCAGAACCAGCGGAACAAGAGAGGAGAGCGAAGCAGGGAAAAAAUGCAAAGCGGCUUCCGGUGGUCUUUCGCGAUGGAGGAAUGGGCCCAGCUGUGAACAUCCUCACGCGUGGCUCUCACGGACAGGGACGUCCCACCUCGGUCGCAGUUGGCGCCUCUCACCCUUUGGUUCGAGCAGAAAGGCCGAUGGCCCCCGGCCGUGGGCCUGAGAGAGACGGGUGUCUCGUAUCAAGCCGCCCUCGGAGUGUUCAGGGACGCGCGCGCUGGCCUGCGCCCGUAGCACACUGUUGGGUCGAAGUACGUGCAUGGUGCGUUCACAAAACAUGCCUUGGUUCGCGCACCCCGUCCAGCGUUGGUGAACGGAACUCGCCCAAAGGCACCCGCCACGCGCGCUACGGAUCGAUGUGCGGGCGCUCCCGAGGUGCCUGCAGGAAAUGGUGAAGGUCAUCCCAGCGUUGACGAUGUGUCGUCUCGGAGCGGUCUGGGUUUGCGCGGAUCUCCUAGAAGGUCGCUUUCAACGAAAAAACUUUACACCUUUUCUCGCGACGAGUGAAAAAGAUGCGAACGAAGAGAUGCGGUCCGGAGCAACGUCGCUCCGCGAUGUGCACCGAGAGAGAGAGGUGUUAUUAUCGUCGCCAUCGUCGUCGUCGUCGUCAUUGCCGGCACUGCCGAUCGAGAGCGUGUUAUGUCACGUGUUUCCGUCCGUGCGUGUGUGCGCCCACCCCCCCCGAUCCCCCGUCUCCGCAACAGUGGCGGCGACGUCGUGUUUCCCUAGCAGUAUUCGCAGCAGUACAGUAUUUAUUGUAUUCGGAGUUCGCGUGCCAGGCGAAGACUAACGAUGAACUUGGGGGAGGGGGAAGAGCGCAGACGUAGCCGGCUUCUAGAGCCGCGCGCUCUCAUUCGAAAUUCGCUUCGAGGCUCGCGGCCUCUCGCCAGCUCAGUCGCAGGCGACGGAACGGCCGCCUCUUGGCACCCCCCCCUGCCCCCACCGGUGAUGUUUUUGCAUGGUUGUACAUAGGUAGUGGGACCGCACGUAGGCAGUGGGUCUCUUUUCAUCCCACUUUGCGGUUUUGUACCAGAACUUAAAAAAGGCUUCUUUUACAUCGUAUUUUAUUAUCGAAGAAGAGAUUGUUUUGUUGUCUAUUUUCCUAUCUUGAAGCAAAACUGUUUACUGUACAGCUGUGUGUAGAGUAUCAGAUACUCACUAAUUGUGUUUUCUUUGCUUUUUAUUUUUUGACGUUUCAUUUUGUGCCUUUUUCUUUUGUAAUUAGUCUUGUCUGGGCGACAGUGUCAAACACUAGCCGGUCCUGUUUGGAAGAAAAAAACUAAAACAAAAGUGAUAUUUUUUGUUGCAGAGCAAAUAAAUGUUAGACAAUCACUCCUGGAGUGUAGCAUUGUCUUGUCCAGCAAACGCAUAAAAUAAUUAAAGGAAGGCAAUUUUAUAUUUAGGGUUAGAGUUAAAAAAAAACAUUAGCAAUAUUACAAAAUGUUCAUCGCCAAUAAUAAAAACAAAUAAAAUGUA